CUAGGCCUGAGCGCACAGCCCGGCGGAGAGAGCAGAUCCUUGCUCAGAUCCAGCCCUAUCGCGGCCAAGGCGGAGGACGAAGAGUCCAGGCUCUUAUUCUGGACUUGUUCCCCAAUUCCAGGGCGCUUCUCGAUCCUGCAGCAGCCUCUUAGCGGCUCCAGCAGUGCGGAGCCAUUAACUACUCGGUGCUGGAAUAAAAAAAUUCCCGCGCGCCGGCGCAGCCUUUUUCUAAGUGACCCGGAGCUUUUGGCUGCGAGCUCUGCAAGAACUUUCAAAUCAAAGUGCUUGUGAAUUUUAAGCAUCCGGAGCAGGCCAACGAAGCUCUGCGCGUCUAACCGUCUAACCAGAACAAGAGUUCUCUGCGCUGCAGUGUGCGGUGUCAUGCAGCCAGAAGUCCCUUUGGGGUCAGGCAAGCUGAAGCCCUGCUCAGACAUGGGGGACAUCCAGCGGGCAGCGAAGUUUCGGAGCUCUCAGUCUGCACACAUGCUGUUGCUACUCCUCGCUUCCAUAACAAUGCUGCUAUGUGUGCGGGGCGCACACGGGCGCCCCACGGAGGAAGACGAGGAGCUGGUGCUGCCCUCGCUGGAGCGCGCCCGGGGCCACGGUUCCACCACACUCCUCCGUCUGGACGCCUUUGGUCAGCAGCUGCAUCUGAAGUUGCAGCCAGACAGCGGUUUCUUAGCGCCUGGCUUCACCCUCCAGACGGUGGGGCGCAGUCCUGGGUCCGAGGCACAGCAUCUGGACCCCACUGGGGACCUGGCCCACUGCUUCUACUCUGGCACGGUGAACGGUGACCCCAGCUCCGCCGCCGCCCUCAGCCUCUGUGAAGGUGUGCGCGGUGCCUUCUACCUACAAGGCGAGGAGUUCUUCAUUCAGCCAGCGCCUGCGGUGGCCACCGAGCGCCUGGUCCCCGCCGAACCGAAGGAGGAGUCAAUCGCACCUCCGCGGUUCCACAUCCUGAGGCGAAGGCGGCGGGGCAGCGGCGGCGCAAAGUGCGGUGUCAUGGACGAAGAGACCCUGCCAACCAGCAACUCGGGUCGCGAAAGCCAGAACACCCCGGACCAGUGGCCUCUGCGGAACCCCACUCCUCAGGGCGCGGGAAAGCCAACAGGACCAGGAAGCAUAAGGAAGAAGCGAUUUGUGUCCAGCCCCCGUUAUGUGGAAACCAUGCUCGUGGCUGACCAGUCCAUGGCUGACUUCCACGGCAGCGGUCUAAAGCAUUACCUUCUAACCCUGUUCUCGGUGGCAGCCAGAUUUUACAAGCACCCCAGCAUUAGGAAUUCAAUUAGUCUGGUGGUGGUGAAGAUCUUGGUCAUAUAUGAGGAGCAGAAGGGACCGGAAGUUACUUCCAAUGCCGCUCUCACCCUUAGGAAUUUCUGUAGCUGGCAGAAACAGCACAACAGCCCCAGUGACCGGGAUCCAGAGCACUAUGACACAGCGAUUCUGUUCACCAGACAGGAUUUAUGUGGCUCCCACACCUGUGACACUCUCGGGAUGGCUGAUGUUGGAACUGUAUGUGACCCCAGCAGGAGCUGUUCGGUCAUCGAAGAUGAUGGUUUACAGGCUGCCUUCACCACAGCCCAUGAAUUGGGCCAUGUGUUUAACAUGCCACACGAUGACGCCAAGCACUGCGCCAGCUUUAAUGGCGUGAGUGGGGAUUCCCAUCUGAUGGCCUCGAUGCUCUCCAGCUUGGACCACAGCCAGCCCUGGUCUCCUUGCAGUGCCUACAUGGUCACAUCAUUCCUGGACAACGGCCAUGGGGAAUGUUUGAUGGACAAGCCGCAGAACCCAAUCAAGCUCCCAUCUGAUCUUCCCGGUACCUUGUACGAUGCCAACCGCCAGUGUCAGUUUACCUUCGGGGAGGAAUCCACGCACUGCCCUGAUGCAGCCAGCACAUGCAGUACCCUGUGGUGCACUGGCACCUCCGGUGGCUUACUGGUGUGCCAAACAAAACACUUCCCUUGGGCAGAUGGCACCAGCUGCGGAGAAGGGAAAUGGUGUGUCAGCGGCAAGUGUGUGAACAAGACCGACAUGAAGCACUUUGCUACUCCUGUUCAUGGGAGCUGGGGACCGUGGGGACCAUGGGGAGACUGCUCAAGAACCUGUGGUGGAGGAGUUCAAUAUACAAUGAGAGAAUGUGACAACCCGGUCCCAAAGAACGGGGGGAAGUACUGCGAAGGCAAACGAGUCCGCUACAGGUCCUGUAACAUUGAGGACUGUCCAGACAAUAACGGAAAAACAUUCAGAGAGGAGCAAUGCGAGGCGCACAAUGAGUUUUCCAAAGCUUCCUUUGGGAAUGAACCCACGGUGGAAUGGACACCCAAGUAUGCUGGCGUCUCGCCAAAGGACAGGUGCAAGCUUACCUGCGAAGCCAAAGGCAUUGGCUACUUCUUUGUUUUACAGCCCAAGGUGGUAGAUGGCACUCCCUGUAGUCCAGACUCUACUUCUGUCUGUGUGCAAGGACAGUGUGUGAAAGCUGGCUGUGAUCGCAUCAUAGACUCCAAAAAGAAGUUCGAUAAGUGUGGCGUUUGUGGAGGAAAUGGCUCCACGUGCAAGAAAAUAUCAGGAACGGUCACUAGUACAAGACCUGGGUAUCAUGACAUUGUCACAAUUCCUGCUGGAGCCACCAACAUUGAAGUGAAACAUCGUAAUCCAAGGGGGUCCAGAAACAAUGGCAGCUUUCUGGCUAUUAGAGCUGCAGAUGGUACCUAUAUUCUGAAUGGAAACUUCACUCUGUCCACUCUAGAGCAAGACCUCACCUACAAAGGUACUGUCUUAAGAUACAGUGGUUCCUCAGCAGCAUUGGAAAGAAUCCGCAGCUUUAGUCCACUCAAAGAACCCCUGACCAUCCAGGUUCUUAUGGUGGGCCAUGCUCUCCGACCCAAAAUCAAGUACACCUAUUUUAUGAAGAAGAAGACGGAGCCCUUCAACGCUAUUCCCACAUUUUCGGAGUGGGUGAUUGAAGAGUGGGGGGAGUGCUCCAAGACAUGUGGUUCCGGUUGGCAGAGGAGAGUGGUAGAGUGCAGAGACAUUAAUGGACACCCUGCUUCUGAAUGUGCCAAAGAAGUGAAGCCAGCCAGUACCAGACCUUGUGCAGACCUUCCUUGCCCACGUUGGCAGGUGGGGGAUUGGUCACCAUGUUCUAAAACUUGUGGGAAGGGUUAUAAGAAGAGAACCUUGAAAUGUCUGUCCCAUGAUGGCGGUGUGUUAUCAAAUGAGAGCUGUGAUCCUUUGAAGAAACCAAAGCAUUACAUUGACUUUUGCAUACUGACACAGUGCAGUUAAGAGGUUUUGAGGACAAUGUAGCGUGGGAGGGCUGAUACACUGAAAGCAAGAGUGCUGGAGGGAUCCUGUGAAUCAAACCAGUAAACAGUGAGGUGUGGCAAUGAGGUGUGUGUAGGGGAUACAUUAGCAAAAGAGGUAGAUCCGUACACUAUCCUGCCAGUUAACUUCUGAUAGGGUAGUUAAUGAGGAAUAGUAGCAUCUGAAAGACCAUACAUAGCACUAUGAAGCCCCAAAGUACUAUUAGUAUUCCUUUUGUUACAUCCACUGCACAAAUAAUUUUCAGAGUCUGGCAGAAGCAUGGCUACCCUGUUGCAUGGUACUAAUUAAUACUUUGUAUCACAGGGGUUGGGAAAGGAAAGCAGAAGAAUGGUAAGAUUGGAUUUCAAACAUGGCUUACUUUUUUAUCACUGGAGGCAGGGAGAAGGGUACAAACAAGAUCAUUAUUCAAAGUUUCUGGCUGCCGUGGUUUCAGGGAAGGUUGAUUCCUAUCAAGAGUGAAAAGUUCUGAUUGCUCAACAUGAGAGAGAGAAAGCCUCGUCUCUGUGAAAUAACUCUUGAUUUCUUCUUAGACCAUCUCCGUUUUUUAACCAUAAUUCCUGUUGAGGUAGUAACAAUUCACCUACUUAUAAAAUGUACAUUGGGUGGGAAAAAGUGAAGUAUAAGAGUUACACAUAAAAACUCAAGGAAUAAGCAACAUGGCUCCUGCUUUGCUUUCUCCUAAGGUUAGCCUGCCUGGGAUCUGUGGACGUUAAAGAUAAUCCUUGACUCACAAAAGGCAGUAAAACCAUACAUGUCAUGCAAGAGUAAGAAUGGGCUAUAGAGAUCAGGGUCCCAUGAGAUGGGGGACACGGAGGUCACUCAUCUCACAUGGGAGACUGCUGCAGGAUAGCAGGUCCACUCCUGGCAGCUGGUCCAACAGUCGUAUCCUGGUGAAUGUCUGUUCAGCUCUUUUACUGAGAGAGAAUAUGACUGUUUCCAUAUGUAUAUAGUAAAAUACAUUACUAUGAUUUAUAUGUACUUUAUAAGUAUUGGUUUGUUUGUUCCUUCUAAGAAGGACUAUAGUUUAUAAUAAAUGCCUAUAACAUA